AGCAGAUAGACGUGGGAGCUAACACCGCUUGCCACGCUCCGAGACUCUUUCCACAUAACAGUGGGGAAAGCCUUGAAGGAGACUCCUGUUACCUUUUCAUAAUUUCAGCUUUGCCCGCCUAUAAGUUGGCGUCGCGGUGCAUGUCUCGCCAGAACUCUGUACGGGAAUCGGACACUCUUUAACGGUGUUUCGUUCGAGCUCUUCUGGAUAUUCGAUCGUCUGUUUUUUUUUCUUUCUCCCCUUUUUUGCUGCGUUCGAAUUCCCCGAACUUCGGAGACGUUUUAAGUCGGUGAUCGUGGAGUGAACGAGCGAGAGACCAGUGGGGAGAGAACUUUUGAAAAUUAUAAAUAUAGAACUCUUUCGGGUUUACGCUUACAAGAACGCCUUCGCUGGGUAUUCAUUUUCAACAUGUAUACAGAUAAUCGUUGAACACAAUUUCAUUCUUGAACGCUAGUUGAUUUCAAGGGCAAUAUUAAUUGUACCUUUUUUUGCACUGUUAUUCGUGUUAAGAGUCACGUGUGCAUACUGAAAACACUCAUGAAAAAGGAAAGGGGACUUGUGGACGUUACUCAAGAACUUAACAAAAUGAAAUUUUCGUGGACACCACCGGCCGCCAGGAACACAUAACCUGUGUUGGAUUCCUGGAACGAGCAUCGCUCAGUCAGAAAAAAAUCCGACAGAUUAUUGGAACAGAUUGGCUGUGCAGUUGGGCAGUCACCAGCACGACCACCACCGCCGCCGCCGCCGCUUAGCCUCGAAUUCGCAAGGAGGCGUCAUGAGCCACCACCUUCAUGCGCUGCUGCUGCUGGCGCUGUGCUGCAUUCGCCUGCACGCUGUGAAUGCUAAAGGCCCCCCGCGGGUGUCCGAGCGGGUGAGCGACCGCGUGCUGGCACGGGUGGGGCGCACGCUCAAGUUGUCGUGCCCCGUGGAGGGCGACCCACCGCCCCUCAUCAUGUGGAGCAAGGACGGGCGCAACAUCCACAGCGGCUGGAUGCGCUACCGCGUGCUGCGCGACGGCCUGCGCGUCACCGAGCUGGAGCCUGACGACGCCGGCGUCUUUACCUGCCAGGCCACCAACGGCUUCGGCAGCGUCACCAUCAACUACUCGCUCGCCGUUAUCGAGGAGGGCAGCACAGGGAGCAGCGGUGCGUUGCGAACAUCGGUGAUCAAUGCCAGGACCGGGGAAGAUGGCCACUUGGGCAAAGCCGGCAUGAAGCCGAGGUUCACGCAGCCGGCCAAGAUGCGUCGGCGCGUGAUCGCGAGGCCCGUCGGCAGCUCCGUCCGCCUCAAGUGCAGCGCGGGCGGCAGCCCCCGGCCGGACGUCGUUUGGUUCAAGGACGAGCACGUGCUGGGCGACGCCGGGCCGUCGCCCACCGCGGCUUCCCUGGCGCUGGACGUGAGGGCGGCCGCUCGUGGCGACGGCGACGGGAUGCCUCCCGACCUCCGGAAGGCGCAAGGCAAAAAGAGGUGGACGCUGAUCCUGCGGAGCCUGCGGCCAGAGGACGCGGGGCGCUACACGUGCCGCGUGUCCAACCGGUUCGGGGAAAUCAGCGCCACCUACAAGAUCGAUGUUAUCGAGCGGAUGCGCUCCAAGCCGGUGCUGACGGGCACGCACCCCGUCAACACCACUGUGGACUUUGGCGGCUCCACCUCGCUCCAGUGCAAGGUGCGCAGCGACGUGAAGCCCGUCAUCCAGUGGCUGAAGCGCGUGGAGCCGGGCGGCGUGCACGGGCUCAACUCCACCAUCGACGUCCGCGGCCAACGCUUCGCCGUGCUGCCCACGGGGGAGGUGUGGUCGCGUCCGGACGGCUCCUACCUCAACAAGCUGGUGAUCGUGAGGGCGCGCGCGGAGGACGCCGGCAUGUACAUCUGCCUGGGCGCCAACAGCAUGGGCUACAGCUUCCGCAGCGCCUUCCUCACCGUGCAGUCCGAUCCCACCAAGAUGAAGAGAGAGCCCUUACCAAGUGCGAGCGCCCUGCCCUGGCCGGCCAUCGUUGGUAUUCCCACCGGGGUCUGCCUACUCUUGGCCAUGGCGACAUUCUGGCUUUGCCGGCAUCACAAUCGAUGCCGGCUGUGUCGACCUUCAUCGCCUGCCGGACAAGGGGCACCAUUGCCUGGGUCACCUGACGCCCAGCGUUUUCACCAGCAGGCUCUGCCUCACUUACAGCAACUGCAGCACCAUCAGCAGCAGCAGCAACAACAACAACAGCUGCAGUAUGGUCACAUCAACGGCAAGCGCGGUGGGGAGCGUGCAGCCUCGGCUCAGGCCACGCUCUCCGAGAAGGAGGGCAGCUCGCUGGCGGGAGGCCCCGAGGAGUGCGCGCUGCCCGUGGCCGCUGGCAUCGCGCAGACACCCACGCAGCCCGUGGUGCUCGGCGCUCCGCGGACUUUCCCGCCGUCAAAGUUCUACCACAUGGACGUGCACAGCCACUACCACGCACACGCGGAGGGCAAAGUGCAAGAGCACCAGUACGUGCACUACAAGUGUUAGCGAGGGGGUCCCGCUCCUUCUCCAGCUCCGAACCAGAGCUGUUUAUUGUUUGGCUUUGUAUAAAGGGCGGAAGGAGAGAGAUGUGAAGGCAGGUCCCAUCAGUCUAGACCUUUGCCUGGGGGGAAUUUCACUGCAUCUCAUGUUGCCGAGUCAACAUUACGUAGCAACCCACGGUGGUAAGGCCUGGCAAACGUCUUUUCCUUAGAGCACCACUGGGGCGAAACAAAGGAAUGCACGACGUUCUGCUUGAGCAGGCCAGAGACACAGCCUGUGACUCACCCGGGGGCGAAGUCUCGCAGACUUCCCUGCCCCUCCCACCUGUGGGUAACGGUCGACCCACGAUUUGGGCAGCUAAUGAGUAACACUUGUAAGCGAGUGCUGCGGUCAGAUUGAAGAUAAACAAAGCUAAUUAAAGGAAUGGCUAAACAUUUGCCGAAAUCUUAUUUAACGUGCAAGCGACAUAUGCCUCACAAAGACUUGAGUAUCGGUCUACUGUUAAUCUUCGUUCGCCAUUAGUACCCUUGGAAAAUUACGUGAAUUUUUACUCUCCAUUGAAAACUUUUGUUUUGAGGAAACGUAAUCAAAUGACUUUUGUAAUGCAGGAAAAUAUAUUUGUAAACAGAGUUAUACAUCAAACUAAAUUAAGGAUUGUUUGCAAUGUUUUUUUUAUAUGUUAUUGGAAUUUUUAUUUGAUACAAAUCACAGGAAAAGGGUAGUCAUUUAAAACAUAUCUUAAGUCAUAUAUAGAUCUUCUUGGUUCUUUAUUUUAUUAUGUUUUAUUUUUAUUAUUUUAUUAUUUCCGUUCUACGUGACUUUACCGAAAGAACCAAGAAGAUGAAUCCCUGCAGUCACGAAAGCUUUAAAUCAUAUAUAGAUGGCCAUUUCAAAUAGUUUGUACCAUUAGAGCAUAUGUAUGACCUGUUACUAACAUGGUUACCAUCAUUACAAUCCAUAUGUGCAUACAUAUAUUACUGCCUGAUUAAAAAUACAGAUUCUAGUUAGUAUUAACGUUAUCAAAUGAAACAUACAUUUACAAAAAAAAUAGGUUUAGGGUUAUCAAAUGUUGCCUUUUUAAAGUGGUAAUACCAUUUUUAUUUGUUUUAUAACAAGUCACAUCGUCCACAGUAUUUUUUUAACACUUGUCACGUGUUGACAUGAAGAGAGAAAUAUAUGGAAAUCAAAUUGUAUAGAAACGAGUUCUAAUGGUCUUCUCUGUCCGUGGUAUGGAAAUCGGGCAUCCACAGGGCCUCCACGUUUAGAAUGUUGCCAGACUGGUGUCAUCAUUUAUGACACUCACGGGCACCCAAAGACAAUCUGUACCCGCGCGCAAUCAAUCAUAUCAAAACAUCUGCUUAUUAAACUAAAAGUGAAACGUUUUUGUAUUGAUAUACACACACCUCUAUAUUUGUAUUUAAUCAUUAUGACAGCGUUUGUGUAUAUAUUUAUUGUGUAAAGUUUACCUGUAAAAGUGUGCAGGUGCGUCAUGUGAGAUCUUUUUACAAUGGUGUCAGAUUUUGCGUAGUUAAGACCGAAAUAAUUGUGCCUUUCAUUAUAAUUAUUGUUGUAUUUUUAAGCUGAGUUGUACAAUUUAGCCAUUCAUUUCCAAUAAACAAAACACAUCUUAAAAUAUCAGGGAUAUUUGAGAACGCAAAUUAUAUAUAUUUCUGUGAUGUAUGUGUACAGUAAAAUUAAGCUUAAUCAUAUUAAUGAAAAAAAAUCCAGUUUAUUCUGUAUAUUUUAAAUAAUCCGUAGCAAUUCAAAUGAAUGAAUUGCGAGAUAUGUUUUUGUUUAUUUCAAAAUUAUAUCGCUAUAAUGUAUUUUGUUUGACCACAGUGCAGCUUGUGAGCAUCAAGCUUGUGAUCCAUAUCCAUUCCCUUGUUGGAGUUCUUAGAUUGUUCUAUUCCAAUAAAGCAUAAAGGAUUGGGAAACUAAGUGUUGGGCAUGGAUCGCUCAUGACUUACGCGAUUGUUCUAAAUUGACAUGUGCAACGAACAGAUACACUUGUGAUUUGACCAAAUCACAUUUGAUUUAAUAAGCAACUGGUGGGUUUUUUUCCGGCAAGGUUUAGAUAUCCCUUCUUUCAAAGACACACUUGGAUGAGAAUGGAGAUUAUUUUUUUCGAUACUGUACAUAAUAUAACGUAGUGGAAAAAUAAUCUAAGCUUCCUGAACAUUGUCCAUGCUUUUUCCACUUGAAGAUUUCUGGACAGUUUAUUAAAAUCAUAAAUAAAAUAAACGCUUCGCAUGGAAAUCUACGUUCGAGACUUCAUCGAGACACACAUCCAAACUAUUUACCUAGUAAGUGUAUAAAUGAAAUGUGAAAUAAAAAACUAAAUGGCACUAUCCAAAGUGUGCUUUUGUAACCUUUAUCCUGAAUGGUUCCUUAUUUAAUGUCUGUUACAGUAUUUCGUCAGUAAGCAUUUGCUUUAUACAUUAAAAUGUUCAAGGAUAUUUUCUUCAGUGUUUUUUGUUUCCACUUUUUCUCCCCUAAGAAUAUAUCAUGUUCCUUAAAAGAAAACACUUAUACACAAUGUCUCCAAGGUAUGAAGGCUGGUUGCUCAUUUCAGUACAGUAUAAAAAAAAAGUAUUUCACAAAAAUUGAUCAAACAUCGCCUGUGUCAAGAUUCUCCCGUGCGUGUUCCAUUCGACUGAAUCCCAUCUCUUGGACUGAAUUGUUUAUAAAUGUUUAUUAUAUCAUUUUAUAAAUGAAACCUAUCAUAUAACGUGUAUGAAAAGAAAGGUAUAUAUUUUGUUUGAUGUUACGUCUUUGCAAUGUUUUCAAAAUGAUCUGUGCUGAAUGGAUAAAUAAAGUAUCGCAAUUCA